AGAGGCAAGAGCUCAGCACCAAAAAGAAAACAGAGGGACGGGGGCUCAUUCAAUAUCACAAUAAGCUUGCUGGAAUGUUUCCCUGGCUGUUUCUCACCUGCUGAAGACAAGAAACAACCCUGUGAGUGUGGAUUUUUCCUUUUGGCUGCUGCUUUUUUCUUUGCGGACUCUUCCUCUUCUUCUCUGUGUGGAUGUGGGCUGUAACUCGGUCUGCAGUCCACUGAGGAGCAGGAUCCACCUUCACCCAUUGUGGGGGGGAUUUACACUUUGAGGAGUGGAACCUCUACUUGGGAGAGGGUGAGCGAGGGAGUCUGAGAGACAGAGAGUGGGAGAGAGGGGGAGUGGGAGAAAGAGAGAGAGUGCCGGGCCAUGCCCACCUCUGCUCAUGGUUCACCAGCAUGAAAGGGGGCCACCAUCACCAUCGCCACCACCGAGGCUGUGGCUGCCAACACUUGUUCCGUAAAGUCCUCGCCAAGUGUGGCUGCUGCUAUGCCCGAGUCAGAGACUCGUACUCAGCAGCGGGCAGCGAGGGCAGCAUCUCCACCUCUGUGGCGUCCCUGCCCCCCCAGGCUUCGGGCAGCUCCGCCCCCAGCUCUCCGGGCUCCAGACGCUCUGUCAGCACCCUGAAGAAGUGGCUCACGAACCCCGUCCGCAAACUCAGCGCCGGGGCCACCGCCAAAGGAGAGCGCCAGGUCCGCAAACUAGAAGGAAAAUCUCCAUCUCUUCCAUCCCAGAGCCACAGCCAGGAGCUUGGCCCCCCGAGGCCCGAUGAGACCCUCACCAUCCUGCCUGUCACCCACAGAGAACUGGAGUGGAAAGAUGGCCUGGCCAGCCCUGAGGACCUGUCACCCGCUACUCUGCAGUCCCCCAGCUACAUUACUGACUCACUCAUUGGCUGCACAUCCCUGCCAAACACUCAGGACACGCAGUCCACCAAUGUUUUGCCGGACGACAGCGGCUCCGUGUUGAUGGAUGACACCUGCAGCCAGUGGUCGGUUGCGGCGGACACUGAGGAGGAGAGAGGAAGUGCCUUGGAGAAAAGCUUGUAUGUACUGAAGGAGCUUGUGGAGACCGAGAACCACUACGUGGGAGACCUGGGUUUCAUAGUGGAGGGUUACAUGGCCACAAUGAGCUCCAAAGGAAUACCGGAGGACAUGAAGGGAAAAGACAAGAUUGUUUUCGGAAACAUCCACCAAAUAUUUGACUGGCACAAAGACUACUUCCUGGGAGAGCUGGAGAAGUGUUUGGCGGAGCCAGAGAGGCUGGCUCAGCUCUUCAUUAAACAUGAGAGGCGUCUGCAUAUGUACGUGGUGUACUGUCAGAACAAACCCAAGUCGGAGCACAUCGUCUCAGAGUACAUCGAGACUUACUUUGAGGAGUUGCGGCAGCAGCUCGGCCACAGGCUGCAGCUCAAUGACCUGCUCAUCAAGCCCGUCCAGAGGAUCAUGAAGUACCAGCUGCUGCUCAAGGAUUUCCUGAAGUAUUACACCAAAGCUGGGAUGGACACGGAGGAGUUGGAGAAAGCCGUGGAGGUGAUGUGCUUUGUGCCAAAACGUUGCAACGACAUGAUGAAUGUGGGCCGACUACAAGGCUUCGAGGGGAAGAUCACUGCUCAGGGCAAACUGCUCCAGCAAGACACCUUCACUGUUAUGGAGCAGGACAGUAGCUUCCUCUCCCGGGCCAAGGAAAGACGGAUCUUCCUGUUUGAGCAGCUGGUCAUGUUCAGUGAGCCAAUCGACAGGAAGAAAGGCUUCUCACUUCCUGGAUACAUCUUCAAGAACAGCAUCAAGGUGAGCUGCCUAGGGGUGGAGCCCAGCGUGGACGGCGAUGAAGCGCGCUUCGUGCUGACUGCACGCAACCCCGAUGGCAGCGUGGUGCGCUUCCAGCUGCAGGCCUCCUCCCCGGACAUCUGCAGGGCCUGGGUCAAUGAUCUGGUGCAGAUCUUGGAUUCCCAGCGUAACUUUCUCAAUGCCUUACAGUCGCCGAUCGAGUACCAGCGGCGGGAGAGCAAGUCCAACAGCCUGGGCCGCUGCAUGCGGCCUCCUCUGUCGGCUGCUAGCGCCCUGCGGCCCCACUCCUCCGCCUCCAUUGACCGCCAUAAGCUGCCGUCCCUUCACUCCCACAACACCUCCUUGCCCACCCUCUACCUGCCCAGCCAAGGCCUGGGCCAAGGAUCCAACGACACGUACUCAGCCCGGGACCCCACUGUGGUCCAGCCGUGCCCUGCGGAUCCCCACACUGUUUCUCUCUCACACGUCCAGCUGGGCUUCACUGAUCAGCCAAACUGUCAAACUGUGUCAAAUGGGCUGUACACACCCACCACCCAAAGUGCACAGCAGAGAGCAGGAGAGGCCUGCCGAAGGGGUCAGCCUGUCGACGCUGGGAUCCAGGGUCCGCUGUCGGGCUUCGCAGUUGGACGACGCCCCAGCAACCUGGCCCAGCUAGACGAGGACGACCUAUGAAAUCUCACGCUGAACCUGUCUCCGGGGUGGGGAGGGGAACAGCAGCUAAAGCUACAGCUGUGGAGACAAGAGGACUUGUCUACUGUCUGUCUAUGCCAGGCGGGGCCCUUACCUGGUUCAACAAUCAUUUCUGGAGUAUAACUGAGGGACCUGAAGGAUCCAAUGAAGGAAUUAUGAGCUGCAUCUAUAAAAAAAUGACUUUGCUCCUGUUUUUAGAGAGCCACGUAAAGGGAGGGGACAGGCCUCGGCCACCUUCAGUGUACAUAUAUGGCAGCCAGUGGGCUUACAAUGAAGAGAGAAGCACUCAGUGGAAACUCAGUGUUAUGACGAUUUCUGCUUUUUACCUUUUCGAGAGUCUGACGCUACAAUCUUCUCUCU